AUGGGUCUGUACGUGUCGGUGGUGUUGGUCAUCGGGAAGUUUGUGCGUGGAUUCUUCAGUGAGAUUUCCCACUCCAUCAUGUUCGAGGAGCUUCCCUGUGUGGAUCGCAUCCUGAAGCUGUGCACCGACAUCUUCCUGGUGCGUGAGACUGGGGAGCUGAAGCUGGAAGAGGAGCUUUACUCCAAGCUGAUCUUCCUCUAUCGGUCUCCAGAGACUAUGAUCAAAUGGACCCGGGACAUCCACACUAGAGACCGGGACUGA